UAAACCAGGGUCUGUAGGAACGUCCUCUAGCACUGAGAUGCAGUGCCUUAGACCGCUGCACCACUCCUGAGCCCACUCAGGAAUGAACACAUGGUUUACUCAGCAAAUAUUUAGAGCCAAAAUAGCAUGUCAUGAAAUGUCAAAAAAUGAAAUUCUAUAGGGGCUUGUGUCACGUACACACACACAUGCACGCGCUCGCACGAACGCACGCACGCACACGCACACACACACAAAAAGACAAAGAGCACUGUGAGCCCAUUGAGGAUAUGUGAACUGGCUCAUUGACACUUGGGAGAGGUGCUGUGGAACAUACCAACCAUUACCUCUGUAAAACACUCACUCUUUCUCAGUUGGAGGUGCUGUACUACCCCCACCCAGCAGUGACUCUCUCUCCAUGAUGGCCUCCUAUAGCCCUACCCACAAGGGCUGGUUUGGUGAGAGGGGGGUUCACCAGGGGAUUGGGCUGGACAUCCUCUUCAGUGGCAGAGACUUUGACACAUCUAAUCUGUACUCCCAAGAUGACACUCAACAACUUCAGGAGGCCAAGUCCCAUUAUGCCUGUCCCAGGGCCCCCCAGAGGUCCCUGCAUGGCUGGGGCACAUACAGCCCCCCUCCACAGAGACCCAGCACUGGGAGCAGAGGGGGGACCAACCAGUGUCAGAGCUACCACGCCCAAACCCUGCCCCUGCCCUUGCCCCGCAGAGCACUGCCUGUCUUCAGACCCUGUGUCUACAGCAGCCCUCAGGGAUAUAACGCUACCACAGUGGACAAACCUCGCAUGCUUAGAGCCACUAUUACAUCCAGCCCCUCGGAUUCCAACCACCCUGUCCAGCACCAGAGCCAGCAACCCAGACCAAACCAGCAGCAGGUCAUUAAGCAGCAGCACCAGAGCCAGCAACCCAGACCAAACCAGCAGCAGGUCAUUAAGCAGCAGCACCAGCCAAGUCGCAGUCAAAAGCCUGUCUACCAGCCAAGCUUCAGUCCCACUCCAAUCUAUAGGAGACUCACAACCUGGCAGCACAAGGACAACACCAAUACAGACAACACCAUCAAGACUGACAGCCCUCACAGUAACAGAAUCAAGAGACAGGUGGACAUGACGUCCCAGAACGUGUUGGGUCAGCCGCGUGUCCUGGCCUCUCUGUGCGGCCCGCCCUCUCCACGACAGACCCACAAGACAACUAACCUAGAGGAGGAACUGAGGCUCAUCAUACUGGACACAGAGGACUCAGGGAGGGAUGCAUCCUGCCGUCAUAGCCUCUCUACAGAGAUCAGCCUCGGCAGUGGUCCCCUGGAUUCCAGUCUGGCAUGUUCCCCAGUCUCUGACUGCCCUGAGCUGGAGGGGCUUGAAGAUCUGUCUGCCUCUGAGCUGUCUUUGACAGAGGGAUGGGACCCCGGGCACAUCCCCCUACUGGCCCCUUCCUGGGGCCUGGAGUGGAGCAAACUUGUCAAUGCUGCCAAGGCCUAUGAAGCAAAGAGGACAGUGGAGCCCAUUCCUCCCAGCAAGUCCAAGAAGCAUGGAUCAGAGGGUGGAACUGCUGCUUGCCCACCUAAUCACUACCCUCCUCAGGGCUACAAUGCCCAGCCCACAUUAAGAAGUGAAGUGCCCAGUGAUCUGUCAAGACUUCACCACCUGGAGGCGCUGCUGAGACACUUGGAGAGCAACCUGGAGAAGGAAAGGGAGGAUAAAGUAGCCCUGAUGGAGGAAGUGACGAUUCUGAGAGAGACCAACCAGCGCCUGUGGGAGGAGUCUCUUUCAUCCAACGAACAGCUCCGUAAACUCAGCCUGUUGUUCAACAUGGCCCCAGGAAUGAUGCCUAGAGAGAGAGAAUGACCAGCGACACUAAGAGGAGAGAGAGAUAAGAGGAGAAAAGAGGAGUAGAGGAAAAAUGGUUUCAACAAAGAUAGUACCUUGAAACAGAGUUUACAAAUGUAAAUUGUCUUCAAAAUGUGAUCAGAGAAAGAGGACAGAUCACGGCGAGUUACCAGAGUUUGCUUGUGGAGGUUACUUAUGCUGGGACAGUGACAUGUACAAGCUGGCUAAAUGCUUGAGUUGUUAGCCAGUUCAGCUUUACACACUUGCUACGUCAGUUUUGUAAUUCUCAUGUCCUCUCGCCUCUCCUGCUUGUCAAAACCCAUUGGAUGAGAAAACCAGAGGUCCAUCCCCUCUGACCUUCUCCACCAAUGGGUACAAUAAAAUAUUUAAGAAGGCACUGCUGAGAUUUGAACUCAGGAUCUCUUGUUUACUAGACAGGUACUUUAAACCAACUAAGCCACAUCACCCUUAGCUGUAAUUUCCAUUGUGGGUAUGAAAACCCACAACUAUUUUGAAUCAACCCAGUCAUUUUCAUUUAACCCAUAACUCUGUCUUGCAAAAUUACAUGUCAAAAUAACAGAUGUAAUUUCCUAAUAUUGGAAUCGAUACGGACGCCUUAAAUUGACUAGCAAAAGGGUUUCUUAAACUAUGGUUUGGGAACAAAAGUGGGCCCUGAGCAUGUGAGAGGUGUGUUGCGAGUUAUGAGUAAACAUUUAGAAUCAUACCCUAUUUCUUCUUCAUUUGGGUUGUUUGAGGACAGUACAUUUCCCAUUUGGGUCUUGAUUUUAAAAAUCAUAAGAACCUUUGAAAUAGCAGAUGAAUCAGUUUGUGUAAGUCAUUAAGCUACCAUGAGCUGCAGGACUUUAUCAAAUGGCAGAGUUUCUUAGUUUACACAGUAAGUUUAAACUCAUUCAAAGUAAGGGCCUUUCGCCAUGACAUUCUGUAAAGCAAUGCCGUGACCGGGAUUCGAACCAGGAUUUCCGAGGCCACAAUGCAGAGUACUGACCACUAUAAGAUCACAGCGAGCUACAGGAGUUUGCUUAUAGGGGAUAUUUAUGCUGGGAAAGUGACGUGUACAAGCUGGCUAAAUGCUUGAGUUGUUUGCCAGUUCAACUUUACACAGUUGGUACGUUUUAACUCUUUCAAAAAGUGUCCUUUUUCGAAGACAUUGGAAUAUCUCAAUUGCAUAUUCCACACGUCCUCUCCCCUCUCGCCUCGCCUACUUCUCAAAACUCAUUGGAUGAGAAAACCAGAGAUCCCUCCCCUCUGACCUUUUCCACCAAUGGGUAAAAAGAAAUGCACAGCUGCGAUUUGAACUCAGGAUGUCCUGUUUACUAGACCAGCUAAAUCACAGCCCCCACGCGUUGGAGAUAGAUGUAAUUUCUAUCGCGGGUAUGAAAAUCGGUCUAUUUUGAAUCAAAUCAGUCUCAUUCAUUUAACCCAUAUCUCUGUCUAGCGAAAUAACAUGUCACAAAACAUAUGUAAUUUCCUAGUAUUGGAAUCGACAGGACACCUUGAAUUGACUAGCAACAGGGUUUCUUAAACUGUGGUUUGGUACCCAAAGUGGGCCCCAAACAUAAGAGUUGAGUCGCAAGUUAUGAAUAAACAUUUAUAAUCGCA